AUGCUUGUCUCCCUCACUGUCGGCAAGGUCGACGCGGGUGUCGCCGUGCUCCUGACCGAAGACAAACGCCUCAUCGAAUUUCCCUCAAUCCUCCUCCCGCCAGACAUUUCCUCCGGUAGCAUCGUAGAUAUAGAGGUCACCCGCAACGCUGAAAAAGAGUCGGAUGAGGCCGCCAAGUUUCACGCGCUCCAGUCCAACAUAUUCCGCACCUUUGGCCAGCGCGAGCCCUCCGCGCCCGUCCUGCGCUGCCGCAAUGCCACGCAGACAUCCGUAGUGCUCGAGUGGGAUCCCAUAGAUAUCGCCACGGCAGAACUCCGAAGCUUGACCUUGUAUAGGAAUGGCAGCAAGGCGGGCACGAUACCUAGACCAACCGAGGUGCACAGCACCAAGCUCAGCGGAUUAGCUGUCGACACCGAAUACGUAUUCCACUUGGUACUGAGGACUAGCGCGGGCACUUUUAGCAGCGACAAGCUGAAGGUGCAGACACACAAGAUGACAGAUCUGUCAGGUAUCACCAUUACACCUGGGCACAUGCCCGCUUCGCUCCGCGAUUCAUUGCAAAGGGACGUGGAGGAGAUCGGUGCUAAGAUUGUGGACACCGUGAGGAUUGAUACUACGCAUUUUGUGUGCACGGAAGGAAGGGGACCUGCAUGGGAGAAGGCUGUGGAGAACAAUAUUCCGGUUGUGGUGCCAGACUGGGUAAAAGGCUGCAAGCGAGAUGGAAGAAUCGUGGGUGUGCGAGGCUACUACCUGAAUGCGGACCCGCGACUACGAUCAGUGGGCGGUGGAGCUAAUCAAUCACACCCGUCGCAACAGCAAGGAGCCCAAUCAGUCACCAGCCCUAGGACUGAGAUCACACCGCCAACGCCGGACAGGCAAGCACAUGAGCGAGAAAACGAUAAUGCAGCACCGCCUCCACCUCCGCCGAAGGACGAUGACGAGAAACGCGAUACUUCGACUUCGCCUUCGCCAUCAGUCUCGCCGGAACCAAAAGCAGUGACCGAGGAGCAGAAGGUCAGGACAGAGGACCUCAAGCCUGUAGGAGACGAGUCAGAAGGCGACGGUGAGGAUGAGAAGCGUGCGAACAGGAACGAGAAAGCAGUCGACGCAGGUCUACCCUCAAGAGAGAAGCCACCACCACCCACAGCAGAAGACGACGACGAUGACCAAGCCAGUUUUCAGGAAGUCCAGUUAUAG